AUGGGGAAGAAAAGAGGUCAUGUCCACAAUGCUCCUUCCAACGACGAGACCAUGUUUUCUUCUCAGGAUCCUAAACCCAAGAGGAUCUACCAACUCUGGCCCGGCAACAAUAGGUUUUGUUGCGGAGGGAGACUAGUGUUUGGUCCAGAUGCAUCUUCACUUCUCCUCACCACAUCUAUGAUCGGAGCUCCUGCUCUCACUUUCUCCAUUCGAAUGGCUUUCAUGAUCGGAAAGACCUCUCCUGUGUUCCACUCUCUUAUACUGAUUGGUUCCCUUUUGCUCAUUGUCUUGGAUUUCACAUUUCUCUUCUUAACUUCAUCAAGAGACCCCGGGAUCAUCCCAAGGAACAAAGAAGCACCUGAAUCAGAAGCUCUUAACAUGCUCAGGAACACAAAGUUACCUAGAACCAAGGAUGUAUUAGUGAAUGGCUACACAGUCAAAGUCAAAUUCUGUGAGACUUGUUUACUUUACCGUCCUCCACGCGCCUCACACUGCUCAAUAUGUAACAACUGUGUCCAAAGAUUUGAUCAUCACUGUCCAUGGGUGGGACAAUGCAUCGCUCUAAGAAACUAUUGGUACUUCAUAUGUUUCAUAUCAACUUCAACACUCCUCUGUUUGUACGUCUUUGUCUUCUCAUGGGUUAGUAUGCUUGAGGUACACGGCAAGAUGUUGUUGAUGGUCAUCACGGAUGAUAUAAUAUUCAUUGUCCUCAUCCUCUACUGCUUUGUUGUCGUCUGGUUUGUUGGUGGACUCACUGUUUUUCACCUCUAUCUUAUCUGCACUAAUCAGACAACUUAUGAGAGCUUUCGGUACCGGUAUGACAAGAAAGAGAACCCUUACGGAAAGGGUCUCUUCAAGAACCUGCUUGAGGUGUUCUUUUCAAGAAUACCACCUCCUAUGAUUAACUUUAGAGACUGGGCUCAAGAGGAAUCUGAUUCGGAGGUAGGAUCCAUUGCUUCUGAGCUAGAUAGAGCCUUUGGACCAAGAGGGGGUAGAUAUGAUAUGGAACUGGAGAUAGGCGAUUGUAAAAAUAAUAGGGGUGGCUUGCAUCUCAAGACACUAGAGUAUGAUGACAACAAGAACAAGAACAGCAACAUCCCUGGAAACUCAAGCUUUGAUGUGAGAUCGAGAUAGGACAAACUGUAAACUACUCUUAAUUCUAAAGCCAUACACUUUUGUUUUCAACGAGUAUACUUUCCGGAUCAGAUAAAAGUGUAGGAGAAGAAUCAAAUGUA